GUGACAUUGACUGAUUAAACUCAUCACUGAACUGAGUACUGAGACCAACACCAACACCAACUGAUGCUGGAUGACCUUACACAGGACCAUGAUGCCACAGAAUAAUGUUGUUAUAAGGGAAGGAAUAAAAUCUGAUUGCAAAGAAAUCAGGAGAUUAAUACAGGAACUGGCAGAUUUUGAAGAAAUGCCAAAUGGACCGAAGAUUGGAUAUGAAACUCUGGAAAAAGAUGGCUUUGAAACCAACCCACCCAUUUUUUUCUGCUAUGUUGCUGAACACCAUUCUGAAGAAGAAGAGAGCAAACUAGUCGGCUAUGCCUUGUAUUAUUAUACCUACUCUACCUGGAAUGGUAGGAAAAUGUACCUAGAAGAUCUUUAUGUGGAUGAAAAAUACAGAAAUCAGCAUAUCGGUUCUCAACUCUUCAAAACUGUUGCCAAGAAGGCUGUACAAGAGAACUGUGCCUAUCUUGAGUUUUCUGUUUUGGCAUGGAACCCUGCUCGUAAGUUCUACGAGGCUUUUGGGGCCGCCAACUUAACAGAUGCCGAACAGUGGAAUCUUUAUCGUCUCACUGGCGAAUCCUUGAGAAGAACUGCUCAAAUAUGAGAAGUUUUUAUCCUCAAUUAAAAUACAUAUUUAUCACACCUUGUUUUUUUGUUAUUUUCU